UUUUAAAAUUUUUGAAAAGUGUUUAUUCUGAAGCGAAAACUGUAUUGGCUGCUGAAAUUAAAACACUACGACGACUGUGUUAGUUGUGUGACUGACUUGUAGACUCACCAUGGCGGACCAACGCAACCACCACCAACACCGACCGCACCGCCUCUCCGUACCACCGCGCACAACCACUUUCUCCGCCACACCAAGACCCCCCUACACCCCAUUCCGCUACCCACCGUCGUCAACCCCAACACCCACCCCUUCCAAACACCGCCUAUCCUUCAAUUCCAAAUCGAAAUCCAAACCCUCCCUCUCCUUCCUCUUCCUCCUCCUCCUCCUCUCCCUCCGCUCCCUCUACUCCCUCCUCCCUUUCCUCCGCUCCUCCCCUCCCUCCUUCUCCCUCUUCCCCUUUUCCUUCCUCGUUUCCCUCCUCUCAUUUUCCCUCACACUUUCCUUCUCCCUUUUCCCCUCCAAAUCCAAACACAACCAACCUACCCUUUUCUCUUCAAUCUCACCCUCUCAGCAGAGGGUUCUCGUUUUCAAAUCAAUCCUUCUCUCACUCGUCUUCCUCCUCCGCUUCCAAGCCCUCCUUUACUGCACCACCGCCGCCAUGAUCCUCGCCGAGUUCAUGGGCACCGUCGCCGCCCGCGCCUUGUUCCGUCGAAAAAACCACUCCAGUAACGGUUGGCGCGGGUUCGCGUCGUUGUUUUUGGGACUUUCCAUGUUGUCAUUUGGCUGGGAUCGGAUUGAGUGUUUCCCAUUUUCUAAAUUAGAUGAGAAUUGUGUGAGGAUUUGGCCAUUGUUGCUUCCUUUUGUGUCGGGAUUUCUCGGGUGCUAUGAACAAAGGGUUUCGGAUUGGGGGAACGUUAAGCAGCUCGGUCAUAAACGGGUUCGGUUGAUUACUUUGUUGUUCACUACAAUUGUGCUUUUUGUUCCUGCUGUGAUUAGUUUCUUUGUGUUUGAAGAAAAGAGUGAUAAGGAUAGUGUUUCGUUCGCGAAUUUGGCUUGGCCUCUGGCUAAUACUGUUGUUUUCGGUGUGCUUUUGAGUGAGAAUUGUUACAGUGGUGGUGAGAGUUGGUUGAGUUUCAAAGACUCCCAGAGGGAGUUUUUGGUGACUUUUGUGUGUACAUUGGUAUUAGAGCUUUUUUAUUUCCCUGAUCUUUCACUUUGGGGUUUGUUGCUUUGUGGUGUGUUGCUUUAUGUGGCUGUUAGAGACUUGGAUCCUUUUCGUUCGAAUGAGCUUGGUAUUGUGUCAGGAGAGGAGUCAUCGGAGUUACUGAGUGACAUGAUUAUGAAGCCUGUGAGACAUAUUUUGAGUGAGAGGAAGUCGAGGAAGAUUGCGCUUUUUCUCUUGAUCAAUGCGGGUUACAUGGUUGUGGAGUUUGCGGCUGGGUUUAUGAGCAAUAGUCUUGGUCUGAUAUCUGAUGCGUGUCACAUGUUGUUUGAUUGUGCUGCUCUGGCAAUUGGGCUGUAUGCUUCGUAUAUAUCUCGUUUGCCUGCGAAUAACCACUAUAACUAUGGCCGGGGAAGAUUUGAGGUUCUAUCAGGAUAUGCUAAUGCUGUUUUUCUGGUUCUUGUGGGAGCAUUGAUAGUGGUGGAGUCCUUUGAGAGGAUAUUGGAGCCUCAAGAAAUAUCAACUAAUAGUUUGUUGGUUGUCUCUAUUGGAGGGCUCGUAGUCAAUGUCAUUGGCUUGAUAUUCUUUCAUGAGGAGCAUCACCAUGCCCAUGGAUUGUCUGGGUCGUGCUCACACUCACACUCACACUCACACACAGAGUCGCAUAGUCACCACCCCCAACAACAUCAUGAUCAUGUGCAUUGCGGUGGAAAGCAUCAUCACGAAAGACAUGGAAGCAAUCAAGAGUUCAUUUCUGUUUCCAGUGAUUGUCAAGACAAUUUGUGCUCUGGUAAUAGUACUGGCCAUCACAACCACUCUGAUCAUGAGAGGAAGGCUGAGCGCCAUGCAGACAAUUACAGCAUUCAUGGAGAUGGUCAUUGCCAUGACCACCAUGAACACGAUGCUCAUGGCCAUGACCAUCAUCACCACACCAGCCACCAUGAUCACUGCAGCCAUGAGGGGAAGACUGAGUGUCUUGCAGACAGUCACAGCAUUCAGAGCUCUAAGGGUCAUGACCAUGCUCGGCAGCAUGACCACCGUGAUCAUGAUCACCAUGACCAUGCCAGUCACCAUAACCAUAACCAACAUCACCAUCUUGAUCUUGCAGACAGUCACAGCAUUCAGAGCUCUAAGGGUCAUGACCAUGCUCGGCAGCAUGACCACCGUGAUCAUGAUCACCAUGACCAUGCCAGUCACCAUGAUCAUAAGCAUCAUCACCAUCUUGAUACUGACCACCAUAGUCAUGAUGCUUCAGUUGUUCACAAAGAGCACAGCCAUCGCCAUAUCGAUCACAAUAUGGAAGGAAUAUUCUUGCAUGUUCUUGCAGACACAUUGGGGAGUGUUGGUGUUGUUAUAUCUACCCUACUAAUUAAGUACAAGGGAUGGCUUAUUGCUGAUCCUGCCUGCUCAAUUUUUAUUUCGAUUUUGAUUAUAUCCUCAGUGAUACCUUUACUAAGGAAUUCAGCUGAAAUUUUGCUACAAAGAGUUCCAAGGGUGCAGGAGCAUGAGCUGAAAGAUUCCUUAACUAAAGUUUCAAAGAUAAGGGGAGUUUAUGGCAUUCCAAAGUUUCAUUUAUGGAGCUUCACAAACUCAGACAUAGUGGGGACACUACAUCUACACGUCUCCACAGAUACCGACAAGAUGUCCGUGAAGUCUCAGGUUUCACAACUGUUAAAUAAUGCUGGAAUCAAAGAUGUAACCUUGCAGGUGGAAUGUGUGAGAUAAUAUCUUUUGAGUUAGUUGGGUUGUUAUCAGUAUCUUUGAGUCCAUGGCUAUGAUUGCCAGUGGAGACUGUGGAUUAAUUACUGAUAUACACUGCUUGGAACAGAGAUCCCAAUUUCCUGAUCAUUGUCAUAAGGAAUGUUUGAUAAUUUACCAUACUCAUGAUGUUUCAUUUUGGGGAUGAUUUUUUGUGUGGAUCUGUUUCCCGGGAUUCAACAAAUAGCUGAGUUGUCAAUUGUUUUGUAUGAUGUAAUGUAAAGACAAGCAUAGGCUGUAAAAAAGCAUAUUAACAUUGACAUUUUAUACCACAACAAAUAUUCUGCCUUUA